AAAAAAACUACCACACGGGGAAAAAAGGAGUCACUUAAAAAAGUUCCGAUUGGGCUUCCGGUUUCCGGAGUAGGACGGUCCUAAAAACAAAUUGAGAAAAGAAAAUCGAGUUAGUACUACUACUAAAGGACGGAUUUUUCUUUUCCGAUUUCUUCGAGAAUCUCGCGAUCCCUCGAGCUUCUGAAUUGAGCUUUGUUUGUUCAUAUAAUUGGGUCUAAGUUCUCAACAGGGCAAUCAACCAUUUACGGCUGCAAUCUUUCAGUCCUGAGUUCACUGAAGGGUUCCUGCUUGGCCUGCUAAUGAAAUUUUGCAUGUGGAGUUGAUUAAAUACCUACCUAUAUCUGCAAAUGUCAAGUUUACUUAAUUCUUCAAUAAACGGAUCCACCUCGAAUCUAUCAGACGGUUCAGGGAGAACAUUUACUUCUUCCUUCUCUGGUCAGUCUGGGGCAGCGUCUCCAGCUUUCCAUCAUGCUGGAUCUAUGCAGGGUCUUCAUAAUCUCCAUGGAAACUUUAAUGUCCCCAACUUGUCCGGUACCCUCGGGUCGAGAAACUCAGGUCUAAACGGUGUUCCUUCUGCUGGUGUUCAACAACAAAAUGGGAGUAUUUCAAAUGGAAGAUUUGCAUCCAGCAAUCUUCCGGCUGGGCUCUCUCAGAUAUCUCAUGGUAGCUCUCAUGGACACUCAGGACUCGCUAACAGAGGAGGAUUGGGAGUUUCUUCAAUUAUGGGGAAUAUGGUUGGUGGAGGCUCAAUGGGCAGGACUUUGAGCUCCGGCGGAGGAUUAUCGAUCCCGAACCUUGGUUCUCGGCUUAAUUUGGCAGUGAAUAGCGGAUCUGGAAACAUUGGACAGAAUCGAAUGAUGGGAUCUCCGCAGGUUCUUUCUAUGCUUGGGAAUUCGUACCCUACAGGUGGGGGGCUUUCCCAAAAUCAUGUUCAAGCAAUGAACAGUCUAAGCAAUCUGGGAUUGCUGAAUGAUAUGAACUCCAACGACACUUCUCCGUUCGAUAUAAACAAUGAUUUUCCUCAGCUCACAAGCCGCCCCAGUUCUGCCGGCGGUCAAGGGCAAUUGGGGUCUCGACUGAAACAAGGCCUUGGACUCAGCCCCAUAGUUCAGCAAAACCAAGAGUUCAGUAUCCAAAAUGAAGAUUUCCCUGCACUGCCAGGAUAUAAAGGUGGUAAUGCUGAUUAUCCAAUGGAUUUGCAUCAUAAAGAACAACUCCAUGACAAUUCAAUUUUAAUGAUGCAAUCUCAACAGUUAUCUAUGGGAAGGUCCGGUGGGUUUAACUUAGGUGGAGGGUAUACAUCACACCGUCCUCAACAACAACAACAUGCUCAAGCUGUGAGUAGUAGUGGUGUCUCCUUACAUGGUUCUGACAUCUUCUCAUCCUCGCAUCCGUCUUACCACUCGCAGACCGGUGGACCUACGGGAAUUGGAUUAAGAUCUAUGAAUGCUGCAAAUUCUGUCACUGGGAUGGGUUAUGAGCAGCCCCUCCAGCAAUAUCAGCACCAUCAAAACACGUCUCAGUAUCGAUUGCAGCAGAUGUCAGGUGCUAGCCAACCUUUCAGAGACGUGGGAUUAAAACCAAUGCAGGGGACGCAAUCAAAUCCUGAUCGGUUUGGCUUGCUCGGUUUGCUUAGUGUCAUAAAGAUGAGCGACCCUGACUUGACUACUUUGGCACUUGGGAUUGAUCUGACGACACUGGGGUUAAACUUGAACUCAACAGAAACUCUUCAUAAGACUUUUGGCUCGCCUUGGUCCAAUGAACCCUCUAAAGGUGAUCCCGAGUUCAGUGUACCGCAGUGUUACUACGUAAAAAGACCUCCUCCUCUACAUCAAGGGCUCUUUUCAAAACUAUUGGUGGAAACAUUGUUUUACGUAUUCUAUAGCAUGCCGAAAGAUGAGGCGCAGUUAUACUCAGCAAAUGAACUUUACAAUAGGGGCUGGUUCUACCACAAAGAACACAUGUUGUGGUUCAUGAGAGUCGGGGAACCUCUUGUGAAAUCAAAUGCGUAUGAAAGAGGGUCGUAUCACUGUUUUGAUCCAAACUCGUUUGAGAUCGUUCAAAAGGAAAAUUUUGUUCUUUAUUACGAGAUGCUGGAGAAGAGACCGUCCCUAUCUCAGCAGAGUGUAAACUAUCCCUAAUUUGGUAUUGAUAAUGUAAAUGUCCUACCAAAAGUAUCCAUCUGUUAGGAAAUCCUUAUAGAACAGGAACCAGUUUCCAUCAUGUAUCCUUUUCCGAAUUUAGCUCUUGGGUUUUAUUUAUACAUCUCCUAGUAACUUUUGUUGUUGAUCAUAUAUAGCUGAAUAUCUCUUCAAGCUAUAUAUAGGUUAUAAAAAUAGAUAUUGGGUUAAAAAUGGGAACAAAAGUGAAAUAUGUUCAGGAUAUUCGUUCUGCCCAGCCCUAAUUAAAUCAAUACACAUUUCAGAAUCUGUGUUGCAUCAGAGUAUCGUUAGAGUUAGAUUGCAUACAUUUUCUUACACUCGUUUUGGAGAACAUCAGUAUCCGUAAGCUGGGGAAUUCCCCAAGACCCAGAUACACUGUUGAUGGAGGAUCUUCGAAUGUUUCUUGCGUUGGCGGCUUCGAUCUUAUGCUGUAUAAUCCAGUAGCACAUGGUCCCUAAGGUCGUGAUCAUGAUGGUUGCACCGAUAGCAGUCACCCAAAUGGCUAGCCACUUCUCUUCUUCACCAACAACAACAAAGGACAGAGCCAAAAAGGCAACAGAGAUGAGAACACAGGCAAGCCACAUGAGCUUGUUUAUCACAGCCAUCAUCUGCUUCUUGGCCUUGCUCUCUAUCACCACCACUGAUGUCUGAACCACCACAACUGCUAAGGAGAUGAAGAGUGCGAUCGAAUCAAAGAUGAAGAAUAUAAUGAAGGGAGUCGUCGAUGCAAUAUUCGCCUCCCCGAGGGAAUGCCCUUCUGGAAUCUUGCUUUCGUCUUCUACAUACUGACCCGGGACGGUGAAAAUGGCUGCAAACGCGACCGUUGCAAUCAGAACGGCGACAACAGUGGUCGAGUUGAUUGCAUUGUUGAGACCUUCCGUGUGCAUUUUGUUGAGCUGUUUGGCGAUUCCUUGAACACGUUUCCUUGUCUGGCGUGUAUGUUCGAGCUGGUUGUGUACCUCAUGCUUGAUAUCGCUGACCGUUUGUUUCAGCUCACGAGCAGGGUUAGGCCCAGAGGACGGCUUAAUGGUCUUGGCGCUGGGAACACCAUGCUUUUGUAAGAUAAGAGCCACCUCUGGAUUCCCAAUCUUCUCUGCUGUGUCAAGUGCGGUUUCCCCAGUUCGGUUAACAGCUUUUGUGUCGGUCAUGUUGUUGGCUAGUAGCAGCUUAACGAUCUGAGAUCUUCCUUUUCGUGCUGCAAUGUGCAACGCCGUGUUUCCCUUUGUGUCGGCUAUAUUGAUAGACGACCUAUCCGCUUUGAUAAGCUCCUCCACGACCUCGACGUUUGUUCCUUUAGCCGCCAUGUGAAGCGCUGUUUGGCCCUUCUUGUCCAUCCUAACUGCAAUCGCCGGUUCCGACGCCAAGAGAGCUUUGACGACUUUGACAUGCCCGUUCCUUGACGCAGAGUGCAACGCCGUCUUACCGUUGCUCUUGGCAAUUCCGGCGAGGCUGCUUCCCAGUUCCAACAGAAACUUCACCACUUCCGUGUGUCCUUGUGUUGCCGCUGUGUGCAGUGCCGUAGUAUUCAGUAGAUCAACCGUCAUCGCUAGCUCCGAAUGAGCUUCUGCUAGAACCUUCAACACAUCUAGAUCUCCUUGCUUGGCAGCAAUGUGGAAAGCAUCGAAACCGUUCCUUGCUUUGAUCUCAACGAGAGAAAGAUCAUAGCAAUUGAUCAUCUCCUUGACAAUCUCCACAUCACCAUACUCUGCUGCAACAUAGAGCGCGGUUUCGCCUGAUUGGUUCUGUUUUCCCAACAGCUCAUUCAACUCUGACUCUCUGGUUUUUGUAAGAAUGUCGACGACUUGGUCUUUGUUUCCACGUCUCACUGCUGAAUGAAGCAGCGUAUCUUCCCGUUUUCCCGUCAGCUGUUUCGCCAUUUUCUUCUUUGGCACGCCACAACCCGCCACCUUGUCUUCUUCCCCUUCCAUUUGUUGAGAAAAUGUAAGUGACAGAAAAAGUUUGGUGGUCUUGUUCUGAUUAAGAAGUAGGAAGAGAGAAGACGAAGAGGAAAGAAACAAGGUUAAUAAAGUGUUUUAUAUAUAUAUAAAUAAAAAAUUUGGACAUGAGAGGCACAUGUAAAGCAACGCAAUCACUUUUGUUGUGUCUUUGUAUGUAAAUCGAUCAACCAAUAAUCGAAAACGAAUCUAUUACAAAAAUUAUUUGAGUUACUUUCUUGAAAGGUAGGGAUCAUGACACCCUUCAGCAUUAUGUACAUUGCAUUUUAUAAAUUUUUUUAAAAAAAC